CAAAACAAAAAUAAUAAUACUAACGAAGCAAAGUUUACACUUCAACACUCUCUUUUCUCAACUCCAAUGAAAUUCUACUCCCGGAAACUGUUCCUCUACGAUGACCCUCCCUUCUCCACCACCUCAUUGCCAUCUCCGCCACUUCACCACCACCGCCCCGUCAACACCAACUCCACCUCAUCACCGCUGUCCUCCUCUAAAAAGCUGUCCCAACAAAACCCUCCUUUUGACUCUUCCAUGGCUCUCACCAUAGUCGUUCUCCUCACAGCUCUCUUCUUCAUGGGCUUUUUCUCUAUCUAUAUUCGUCGUUUCUCUGAAGAACCAACAGCCCAUCUCUCUCGUAGAAGACGCUACCGUGGUGGCUUACUUGACACGUUAUCAUUGCCGUCCGAUCGUCAUCAUGUCUCAACUCCACGUAAAGGACUUGACCCAACAACCGUUGGAUCCUUGCCGGUGUAUUCUUACCAUGGGGACGCUAAGUACCAGAUAGACUGCGCCAUUUGUCUGAGCGAGUUCGAAGAGAAAGAAUGCGUUAAAACGAUACCGUGUUGCAAACAUGUUUUCCACGUGGAAUGUAUCGACACCUGGCUCACCUCCCACGUGUCGUGCCCCGUUUGUAGAGGGACCAGGUUGUUCGAGAUCAAGGGCGGUGGUGGAGAGGGUGUAAUGCAGGAGAGAAUCGAUCAGGGCAGGAGUCAGUCUUCUGCGGUUUCUAUCGAUGACACGUGUAUGGUCAUGGGAACAACGUCUAGGGUGAGGAGAGCGAGUAGCUGUCCAAGGUUAGAACAACGAGCAAUGCUGCAAAGAACAUUGAGUUUUUGAUACGUACAAGGUGACACGUGUAGUUGUUAACAGCUAGAUACUUGCGCUGGCUUCAAAGGUCAUCUAGGGGUUUCGAGGUUCGUUUUUGAUUAAUUUUGUUUGUAAGUUCCUUUCUUUAGCCAUACAAGGAAGUGGAGAAAGUGAUUGGGGAUUGUUUUAGAGAAUCAUCAAUUAUUAAAGAAAGAAAAUUGCUUGGCCUUA